AUGAUGAGAGCUACUGGAAGGCUCUUCUUCGGCCUUUGGGCCGUCAGCCGUGCUGCUGGCUUCUUCAUCGUUCCUUGUUCUAAGCCAGUGGUUGUUGAGCGCGCCGAUCCAAUCGUCAACCCGGGAGCUCUUUCCGGGCAUGUACACACCAUAAUGGGUGGCAAUGGUUUCGACUUCAGCAUGACAUACGAGCAGGCCCGCGCCGCAAGUUGUUCAACUUGCAAGGUCACCGCUGACUUAAGCAAUUACUGGAUCCCGACUCUUUAUUACCAAGGGCAAGAUGGUAAAUUCACUAGCGUUUCGCAGUCCGGGGGCAUGCUAGCCUAUUACCUCUUUCGACAAGACUCCAGAGACCCCGAGUACAGCAAGGGUCUUAUAGCGUUCCCCAAAGGUUUUCGCAUGCUGGCUGGUGAUCCCAAGCUUCGCAGUUUCAGCAAUACCCUUGAGCAGCGAGCUAUUUCCUACGUCUGCCUGGGCAAUGGCGGUCCCCAAACCAACGGAUUCCCUACCCGCAACUGUCCCAAUGGGCUGCGCCUCCAGAUCUUGUUUCCUUCGUGCUGGGACGGUGUCAAUCUGGAUUCACCCGACCACAAAAGUCACAUGGCCUAUCCGGAUCGUCUUGACAAUGGCAAAUGCCCGUCGACUCAUCCCAAAAGAUUCGCGACUCUGUUCUACGAGGUCAUCUUCAGCGUCAAUGAGUUCAAGGACAAGUGCGACCCAACUGGAUAUGGCCUGCACGGCGAUUUCGUCAACGGAUGGGAUGUCAACGUGCUUCAGGCCGCUAUCACGCAGUGCAAGGAUGGUGGCGGUAGCAUCGAGAAAUGCCCAGUAUUCCAGUUUUUUGACGACGAGACAAGGAGGGGCUGUCAAGUUCCUGUCAAGGUUAAUGAGCAAGUUCAGGGCCAGUCUGACAAGUUACCGGGCUGUAACAGCGUCCAGCGCGGCCCUAGCAACGCCCAGCCGGAAUCAGGGUGUGGUGCAACGACACAGAUUUCUUUGCCUCAGUGGGGAUACAAGGACGUGACGAGCACACUUCAGUACAGAUACCUUGGCUGUGCCCGCGAUCCGUCGGGCCAGGGUCGCACUCUCCCGAGUGCAAAAACGUCCAGCGACGGCAUGACAGUUGAUGCUUGCAUCAAGCACUGCAACGGAAAGGGCUUCGCAUAUGCGGGUCUGGAGUAUGCCAAAGAAUGCUGGUGCGGUAACUCAGUGGCUGAUGACCGUAUGCCCAGAAAGGGGCUCUGGGGAGGCUGCAACAUGCCUUGUCCAGGUAGCCAGAGUGAGAUGUGUGGCGGAUGGGCCGCUCUCUCACUUUAUCAAAAGUGUAACGGAACUUGCCAAAAUGCCGAGUUAAUUUGA